CAUGGCGCAGCUGGAGCUGCUGUGGGCAGCUGCAGCGCUGAUGCUGCUCGGGGCCGCCGUCAGCCUCUGCGUCAAGUGCCAGCUCUCGGCUACCAAGCGAGAGAAGCAGCUGAAUGAGCGGAGGAGCCAGCUCAGAAGCCAGCAGAGUUUUGAGGUGAUCCGAUCCCAUUCUGCUAUGACCCGAAGGCUGGAACAAAUUAAGGAACCUGAAAACUUAUCAAUAGUGAGGAAAACCACCAAGGAGCUCGGUGCCACCCGUCACGCUGGAUACGGGAGCAGGGCCGAGUCCAGGUAUCGGGAUUUCCUGACAGAGGACUGCCUGCAAGGUGAAGCUGCCUACGUGGAGCCCAUAUCUCUGGAUUACUACAACUGUGCCACGUUCUUCACACCACCCAAUGAAAAAGAGGAGGAUUCCCAUUCCUACCAAAACAUCAUCAUUGGAGUGUCUCAGGGCUCGGAUACGGAUGAUGGUGCAGACUACGAGAACAGCGCAGCGAUAUACACAUGGCAACUCCAUCAAGCAGAAGCUCUGCAGACAGAAAGCCUGGAUGAUGAGCCAGACUAUGUCAACACAGCUCCUGCAUCAGGCCCUGCCCCGCUGUCAAAGCAAAGUACUCUGCAUAGCAAAGUCUGAAGAAGUCCUUAGCUGAGCUGUAGGAGCACACCAGUGAGCACACGGGGAUUUCCAUCCCUCAGAGGAAUCUCUUCACCAAAUUGUGCCCAAGAUCAUGCAGAAGGUGCCAUUGAAAGGAAGCAAUGCUCUGCUUGAAGUCCCGUGGAAGUCCAACUGCAAACCUGCGACUUGAGAAAGCACUCUAUGGCCACGGGCCGUUUCCCAUCUCAUUUCCCUGUACGUCUACUGGAAGGAGGAUGGCCACUCUGUGCAAUGUUUUCUCCUAUCAAGCAUGAAAUGAAUGUUUAAAUUGCUGAGCAGUAAUGCAGCCAGCUACUUAAUUUGUCAGGGUGACUCAUGCAUGAUGGUAUUAAGACAUAGGGAUUAUGUUCCGAUUUAGUUCCUAUGCUCUCCCACAGAAGCAGUUUCCUAGAAGAGAGGAACUGACAAGGCAGAGGUUGCUUUUACAACAGCAGUAGUUCUCUGGGACUAAUUGAGAUACCAACCUGUUUACCAAAGCUAAAGAGGAUUAAAUCCCUGCCUUAUCCACAGCCUGUAAUUCACAGUAUCCGUGGCAGUUUUCCUUGUGUUUCACUAUUUGGUUUAUAACAAUACAAAGACCCUGCAACAGCUGAGGUGGUCAGAUCCACAGCUGCCAGCCUGAGAAACUGCACCAGUCUUUUAGUCGUGCUGUAGGAACAUCAGCCCUGAAACAUAGCCCUUGUCUCUUGAGCCCUGAAGCACAGAUUUGGCACUGUUUUACCACUUAUUUAUUAAAGUUGAAAGGCCUCCACAGAAAAUGCAGUGGUUUAUUAUGGUUUGCUAUGAUGCAGAUUUUGUCUGUGUGGUUGGGUGAGACAGAGAUGGAAACACAUGAUGAUCUUAAGGUCCUUUCCAACCCUAACUAUUCUAUGAUUCUGUGACACGGAAUGAUGCGUAGGAUCUGAUGGGGACAAAAUGUAGCACCUUAAAAGCUGCCGCCUUUAAAAUCAGUUCAGAAAACUGCUUCAAGGAGGAACACAGCUCACGCUCACUUCUUCAAGACAGGUACAAGUGAGCAGAGAAGUGGAGCUAAAGGCGAACAGGCUCUGGAGCGGGAGAAGGGGAUGUCAGCUGCUUCCUGCUACAAAUGACUUGGCUGUAUGUCUAGAUCAUGGAUGGCUAGUUUGUGUGCCUGAAACAGCUGGAAGGCUAGAGUUUGGCUUAGGAGAAGGUUUACUUGUAGCUCCUACAAAUGUAUUUGUUCCUGCUUCCAGGGCCAUGAACUUGUCACCACUGGUUCAUCCGUGCUGACUAACUCGGCACCCAAAGAAGCUCCCACUUUUUCCAUGAAGUGCUGCAGACUGUGGAUUUUUCGCUGGAGGGGAAGGACGAGCUCCGUUUCCAGUGAUGUGCAGUGAUGUUACACCUACUGCUGAUUCAUCCCCUAACUGGAGAGAGCCAUUAAAUGAUUAGGAGGAGAUUAGCAGCAGUAAAAGACCCUUGGCAUGCUUUAAUAGAUCCAGCUAGAGAGCUCCCAGAAAGUUCUAGCUGUUAGGUGAACACUACAUUACAAGAUUUACUGCCUUGCGAAGCAGGGAUAUGGAUUAUACUAAAUACAUUUUCCUGGUAUAAGGUUCCUCCAUUGCCAAACCUAAGUUUGAAAGCUGUGGAGCCAAAGAAGGCAGCGCAGGAGCUGGGUCUGCAGCAUCUUCCCUUCUCUUACUGGGAGUCU